AUGUUGUCACUUGCGGCUCGUUGCUCAGCGGCUCAGCGAUGCGCCUCCACGUACAGUGGACUCACUUCUGCAGAUUUUAUGAAGGAAAAGACAAAUGAACCGAUUUUGGAGUACCGAAAGGGCAGCAAAGAGCGACAGGACUUGGAAGCCGCGUUGGCCUUUUACAGCAAGGUUGGAAUUUUCUACGAGCUACACAGUUUAUCAUUUGAAAGUUUGAUCUGCGAAUUUUGACCGUGAUUUUUGCAAUUUCGGGCAAUUUUUUUUCUGCAGACAAAACAAUAAAAGUGUAGCGAUUUAAAAGAAAACAGUACUGAGAAAGAGAUAGAAAAUUGUCUGUGGCCGAGAAACUUGUAAAGCGAAAAGUGCGGCCAAUAGAAGCGACAGAUAACGAUCCGAGCGCCGAAAAGCGAGAGAGCGUGGCUCGGCGAGAGACGCAGACAUAAUUGGACACUGAAUUAUGCGGUUUCCGAUUGCAGAAUGUGACCGAUGUGCCGUUGAGAAUCGGCGACAAGAAGAUCACCAAUCAGUUGGAAAGGAAGCAAGUUAUUGUGAGUUAUUUUGCACUUUUUUUGUGUUAAAAAAUCGAUAAAAACUGGCAAAUUUAGCCGUCGGAUCAUCGAUCGACGCUGGCGAGAUACACAUAUGCGACUGGAGAACAAAUUCGAGAAGCCAUCGAUGUGGCACUUCAAUCGAGAGCCGCAUGGGAGAGAAAACCACUCAAGUAGACUAAUUUUGAAUAAGUGUCCGUCUAAUUUAGGCUAUUUUUCAGAGAGCGCGCUGAAAUUUUGCUCCGUGCCGCCGAUUUGGCUGCCGGAAAGUACAGAAUGAAGCUAAAUGCGGCUACGAUGCUCGGACAGGGAAAGAAUAUUAUCCAGGUACCGAAAUUCUGAAACAUCGCUAAAUUUAAUGAAAUUCCAUUGUUUUAGGCAGAAAUUGAUGCAGCCUGCGAACUUAUCGACUUCUUCCGUUUCAACGCUGCUUUUGCACUAGAACUGGAGCAUUACGAACCGAUUUCCACGAAGAUCACCAAGAAUACGAUGCAGUUCCGUGGAAUGGAAGGAUUCGUCGCUGCGAUCGCACCCUUCAACUUCACAGCUAUCGGAGGAAACCUGCCGACUGCUCCGGCUCUCAUGGGAAACGUCUUGUUGUGGAAACCAUCAAACACUGCAGUUCUUUCUAAUUAUUUGAUUUACGAGCUACUGGAAGAGGCUGGCAUUCCUUCCGGAAUUCUUUCAUUCUUGCCAUCUGAUGGUCCCGUCUUUGGCGACGUCAUCACGAAGUCUCCGCAUUUGAGCGCCGUCAACUUCACCGGAUCCGUGCCGACCUUCAAAACGAUUUGGAGAAAGGUCGCCGAGAAUCUGGAUAAUUAUGUGACUUUCCCGAAACUCAUCGGAGAGUGCGGUGGAAAGAACUUCCAUUUCGUUCAUCCGUCCGCGCAUGUGGACGCCGUCGCUGCUGGAACCGCACGCUCUGCCUGGGAGUACUCCGGACAAAAGUGCUCCGCAUGCUCCAGAGUUUACGCUCCGAAAUCGAUUUGGCCAAAGAUUCUCACAAAAAUCGAGAAGAUUCACAAGGAAAUCAAGGUCGGCGACGUUCGCGACGGAUCCAUCUUCCUCUCGGCCGUCAUCGAUGACAUUGCAUUCGCCCGACUAAAGUCGUACAUUGAUUACGCGAAGACCGGAGCUGAUGGAGCUAAGAUUGUGCUCGGAGGAACCUGCGACGACUCCACUGGCUAUUUCAUUCAGCCGACUCUGAUCACUGUCACCAAUCCGAACAGCAAAUUGCUCACGGAAGAGAUGUUCGGACCAGUUGUGACGGUUUACGUCUACGAGGAUUCCAAGGUCGAUGAAAUUCUCGCGUCCGUCAAGGAUGCCACGCCAUUCGGAUUAACCGGAGCGGUUUUCUCACAGGAUAAGGAAUUCUUGAAUAGGUGAGUACCGAGCAUUUUUUUUCCGAUAAAACUGUUGUUUGUGUUAUUUUUCAGAGCCCGCGACGUUCUCCGUGACGCUGUUGGAAAUAUGUACCUGAACGACAAAUCGACUGGAUCAAUCGUCGGACAACAGCCGUUCGGAGGAGCGAGAAUGUCCGGGACGAACGAUAAAGCUGGAGGUCCGCACUACGGACUCAGAUGGACUUCCCCGUUGACAAUCAAGGAGACGUCCAUUCCUCUGACAGAAUGGAAGUACCCAUCUAUGGAAUGA